GCCACCCUCCUGCCUCCGGAGGGGCGGCGACCGCCACCGUCCGGGGCUGGCCGGAGGUUGUUGGGGUUGAGGGCAGAGGUCGGAGGUCGUGCCUUUGUGGAAUGUUGGGGUCCCGCCCGUCUAAGCCUAGGAGCGGGCCGCACCCCGUUUUGUUUUUGUCAGCGCCUGUGUGGGGACCGCCCUCCUUGCACGGAAAGGGCUCUGAGGGAAACAGGCCUGGGAGCCGCCAGGGCCCCUCGCAGGCCCUGCGCUCUGAGGGGAGGCCGGCGGCCCUCGGGUCCCCGCCUCCCUCCUGCCGGCCCGCGGGUCUGGAGGGUGCGGGCAGGAGGGGGAGGGCGGCACGGUCGCGCGGGGGCCACUGGCUGUCCCCGAAGGCGCCGCUCCCCUGGGCUCCGAAGGGCCCCGCGCCAGCGCUUCUGAGGCUGUCAUUCCCCGUGUUUGAGAUUUCGUUUCUGGAACCUCACUCGGACGGUUCCAAGAGGGGAAAGCGGGUAGUGUGGCUUUUGCACUUGGCUGGAGGUGAAAAUAAAAACCAGGCGCGGGAUGUAAUGAAGGCAAAGGGACCUGUGAGAAAGUGGACGAAUUUCUGAGCUCGACAAGAAUUUUCUGCCCAUCUUGGCCCACAUACUACGUAGUUCAAGCCUGGGGUAUUGGAAAUCAGUAUUUUAUUCUCCUAGUUCUCAUAAGCAAGUGCCCUUAGUCUUGACCUUCUUGGCGAGGAUGCUUUGGAAUGUGUAAAGUAUUGAACAAGAAUUGUUUUGUACAAAAGUUCGAAGUUAAGAUUCUCAGAGCAAGGAAGGUGGGAACAGCCCUUGCCUCUCAUUGCAAGGAUCCCAGCAGCUGCUUUACCCCUCUGAGACCAAAAAGAGAAGUCGUUUCUUUAUCUGUGUGGGUUUUGGGGAGACACCAGCUAUGGAUGAGGAAUAAGGGGGAUGCAAUUAGGGGAAAAUGCUAUUUUUAUAUGCCUCUCACCCACCCCAUCUCAGCUAGCGUAGAACCCAUUAUUUUUUGUACUGAUGGUGUCUGUUGAGUAUGUACAAUGAUCAGGGAAAGGAGGAAUCUCUAACAAGACACUUCUCUUUAAUAUAGCUGCAGAGCAGUGAAUGUGCCUUAUGUGGAAUUAACCAUGGGGUUUGGUUUUCAGUUGAGAAUAUGAGGCAGAAGAAAGUGUUAACCAAGACCUUCCAAGGCCCAGCCAUUGUCUGUAGGACUCCGACCAGCCACGUUUACAUGUUUGAGAACGGUGGUGGGGACUCGGGGGACUCCUCUGAGGAAGAGUCCCACCGCGUGGCUCUGCGGCCCCGGGGCAAGGAGCGCCAGAAGAAGGGUGCCCAUCACCCUCCCCAGCCAGGAGCAGGUGACGUGGUGCUGCUACAGCGGGAGCUGGCCCAGGAGGACAGCCUCAACAAGCUCGCUCUUCAGUAUGGCUGCAAAGUCGCAGAUAUCAAGAAAGUCAACAACUUCAUCAGAGAACAAGACUUAUAUGCUUUGAAAUCUAUUAAGAUUCCAGUGAAAAAUCAUGGGAUCCUAACAGAGACCCACAAAGAACUCAGACCCCUCCUGAGCCCAUCCUCAGAGACCAGAGUGACCUUUGAGGAGCAGCCAGACCCAGAUAGAGCAGCUGUAGGCACCGGUGCCCUGUCCAGCCCACUGACGGAUUUCUUUAAGGGCAUUGACCAGAAUAUUGAGCACGCAGUGCAGUCAGAAAUCUUUCUAAAUGAAAGUUACUGUGUAGAGACCUCCAAGCAGCCGCUGCUCCCGGCUUCUCCGAAGACCCCAACAAAUGGUGCAGACUGUGGAAUUCAGUGGUGGAAUGCCGUUUUUAUCAUGCUUCUAAUUGGGAUUGUUUUACCAGUGUUUUAUUUGGUCUAUUUUAAAAUCCAAGCUACUGGCGAGAUCCCCAGUAGCUUGAACACAACUGCUGUCCCCAAUGGCUCGAUGACCGUGAGUGCAGUUCCAGGGCAUGUCCCCAGAUUAGCAGUUCCAGUGCCGACCGUCCCCUCUUCAGACAGCCAGGUCAGUCCAACCACCCGGGCAGGGAGCUAGCUCUUGUUGUUUCUAAAGACUUAGGCCAGUGUUAGGCUUCGGCCUCCUAUUAGGCAUCACCUGGCAUUGGCCAUAUCUUAGGGUGCUGCAUCUCCUUUUCUAUGACAUAUGGACAUGUCUCAGAAGCCAAUGUUGAGUUCUCCAGAACACUCACCCUGGGGAAUAGGCUCACCUAAUCCAAGGCUGUGGGAGCCAAAACACCCGCCCCCUCAGCCCCCUGCAUCCAGAAGGUACAGCAAGGGAGACAUGUGCACGUGAUACAUGCCGUCUCUUGAAGGUAUAGCGUGGACUGGCACUGCGUGGGCCUCCAUGUCGGAAGUGUUCAGAAGUUGAGGAGCGGCGUUAAACCUGCAGCGUGGGAGCCUCUGGGAUCAGCUUUGGUGACGUGGCUGUUUGCAGUGUCCCCUGCCUGCUGGGAAGAGAUGACUGGCUGUGACACAUGGUGCUCUUUGUCCCCCUGGCAAAGGUGCUGUCCAGUAGCGGUGAACACCACCCUGUUUUGGAAUAGGACAGAUUAUAAGAAGCCCUAUGUCAUAUUUGUCCCACCAGUUAGCCUUUUUUGAGGCAGUGCCACUUCUAGAAUUGAAAAAGCCCUGAAUCCGAAUUGCUCUAAUAUCAAGUAAAGGGCAGUUCUCUUCCUUGUACUUCUAGAACUACUUAGUAAUACCCAGGCCGGCUUUAAGGUGCUGCAUGGUGUGGCCGGCACUUCCUGGCCGGAACAUUUGGAGGCUUUUGCUCAGUUUCCCCUGAGGUGCAUCCCCACUGCAGUGGCUGACCAGAUUACCCAAGUUAGCAUUCUUGGAAAGAAUUCUUGCUGGCCAGUGACUGGAGCUGAGUAGGUGCAGAGAAAAAGUUGAGUGCCUAUCACCGAGGUCCCAACAGGUGACACUUCUAAGGCCGAACAGUCCAGCGUUGCUGAGAGCGGCAGCCCCUGGGUGUACCUGGAAAACAGGCGUAGGGAGAAUAGGUGUGCUUCGUGCUGCUUCCCUUACUCUAAUCUUGGGAAGUCUAGAGCCAUUGCCCCAGCAUGGGCCUCAGUGUUUUUCUUCGGGUCAAUACACUUUAUAUAGUGUAGCUCAUGAUGUUAAAAACCAAACCACUUAAUGGAGGGCCUAGAGGUGACCGUUGCUGUGAAGGCCAUAAAAAGAGGGGUCAGGCUGCCAUCAGUCUGAGGUUUUCCCAUCUACACAGCAGCAGUCAUGCUGGAGGCUCAAGGGAGGCAUGGGUCAGCCUCUGAGGCCUUGUAGGUGGAGCAGGGGUAUGUGAGGUGAGGGUGAAAGCCUGUUUGGCUGGAGCCCAUCUCAGUCCCAUGGAAGAAUGGAAAUGGGCUCACGUGGCUCGGAGAAGCCCGCCACCUGGGAGGAAAACAGACUGCACAAAUGCUGAGCUUUGAGCUUUGAGCGAGAUUUAUGUCAUUGGACACAUCAGGCCUAGAGAUGAAUUGAGAAGAUUUCAUCAUUGUAAGAGGAGGCGAGUGUUGCAGAAGAGUACUUGAAAUUGGCUUCUCAUUUUUCUCCUCUCAGCUAUGUGGAGAACGAUUUGCCCUGGGUUCAAUUAGUAAAUUUAAAGUAUCUUCAAAAGUAAAUCUUUUCUUCAAAACCAAAAUGGUCUUCAGGAUAAAAUGAACUUGUGAAUUUUUGCUACAGGAAAUGUUUUGAUCAUGUGAAUGCUUUUCCAGCCAAAUGUUUGUGCUCACUAUGCCCCCUGGAGGCCACAGGUUUCUCUAACAUAUCACCAUUAACUUAACGAGGCAGAGCCCGGAAUCCCACGGGAAAAUGGCUUUUGCCAGGCAAAGAAUAAAUAUCUGUAUCCUUUACUUUUAAAAAAUGGAAUAAAAUAAUUUCUUCUGUGAAGGAAAAUUGAUUCUUCUUUUUUUUAAUUGGGGAGGGGUGGUAAUUCUGAAUU